GUUUCACAAGUGAAGGAAAUACCUGCCACCUGAUAUCAAAAGCUACUUAAAAAGGAGAGAACGAGAUACUUCGGUUCGAAGGCGUCGUGUAUAGCUCAGCUGCGUUGUAACCUUUUCAUAAUGCCGGAGCACAACGCAUUCGAAAGCGUCGAGCACGGUGAAAGCAAGCAGCGACUGACGGGCCCUAAAGCACUCAAGGGAGUCUUGGACCUGAUACGUUCGAUAGAAGAACAGCUCAAGAAGGGGGAAAAAAUCGGCGUUCCUGACCUCAUCAGAGCAGACAUAAGUGACGGUCAAGCAUUUGGUCAAAAACCUCUCACAUUUCCUCGGCAGGUUAUCAGCGCAUGUGCUUACCCGGACAUCGCUGAUCACGUACCGCUCCCUAUCGACGUUAAGUUGAGAACGAAAGAAAUUCUCGACCACUGCCCAGGAAAUACUGUCGGCUCUGUUAUAAUCAACGGUCACCCGAUCGUCCGACAGCACAUUGCCGAUUACAUCAGCAGCAGGGAUGGCAUUGAUGUCAAUCCAGCCAAAAUCUGGAUUACGAAUGGCGUUUUUCAUGGAGUUUCCGUUAUACUUGACGUGCUGCGGAGGCGACCAAAUGGGAAACCACCAGGUGCCCUUACUUGCGUCCCACAGUACAUGAGCUACUUCGACAUGCUGCACGACAAAGGAUACUACGAGGCAUACUAUUACCUGGAUGAAGAUCGCAACUGGACCCAUAACCUUCGCUGGAUGCGAGAAACACUUGACUCCUCGAGAAAGCACUGCACACCAAGGCUGCUACUGUUGGUAAACCCCUCGAACCCACCAGGUACCGUGCUAUCCAAAAAACAGCUCGAAGAGAUCAUCCAAUUUGCAUACGAGAAUCAACUUGUCAUACUUGCAGACGAGAUAUUUGAACACAAUAUAUACAGCAACAAGCGCCCGUUCUACAGCGUGAGGAAAAUCGUUGAUGCGAUGGGUGCUCCAUACACGAAGACACCUGUGGUGACGUUUAGUUCAAUAUCAAAGGGAUUUGCUGCAGAAGGAGGCUUGCAAGCUGGCUAUUUUGAGGCCGUCAACCUCGACCAAGUUGAUGAAGCAAACUUGGAGCAUCUUAUGGAGGAUAUCUUACCGCCUAUGCUGUCACAGGUUGCUUUGGACUGCUUCGUGAAGCCACCCAGCCCAGGCGAGCCAUCGUAUGAAUUGUACGCUAAGGAGAAGGCCUUCAUCCUCAACUCCCUUGCCGAGCGCGCCGAGCUGGCCGUAGAGAGGCUGAAUGCUAUUGAGGGAAUCCACUGCAGUCCUGUAGAAGGAUCCAUGGCUGCUUACGCGCGUGUACUAAUACCCGAAAGAGCCAUCGAGGAAGCUCAGCGUCAAGGAAAGGAGCCAGACGUUUUUUAUGCGGAGGAGCUCCUCAAAAGCAAAGGAGUCAGCGUAGCUCCUGGCUCUGCUUUCGGAAAGCUGCCAGGGAGAUUCUACAUCAGGGUCACAAUACUGCAGCCAAGAGAUAAGCUUCUGGAACUCUUCCACCGUCUGAAACUGUUUCACGAGGACUUUCUCGCCAAAUACGCCUAGACAUGUGUUGCGAUCAUUUAUCUUUAACAAAAAUAACAAAUAUUUAUUAAAUAAAAUACAUGUA